AGACUGCUGGAGAUAGGCACCAGCCCCCCCGUGACCCACUAUGGAAUAAGCGGUAGAAAAUGACUGACUGACUAUAUAUAUGUCUCGUGUAAAAUAGAAAGUCUCAGCGCAGUUCAGGAGAGUAAAAGUAACGGCUCGUCAUGAGACGAGUUAUCCACCAUCCAGCUGCGUUUUCAGGACUCUGCUCACUCCUGGCCCACAGUUACCCACACCUGGAGCGCUGAGUGGGACGAUGAUUCACCAUCCAACUGCUGAUGACUACAAAUUUUGCGCACGCGCCGCGCGCUCCUUCACGUGCACUCUCUCACACAGCGUGCAUCAAAGCCAUUUACGUCCAGCCGGGCAGGAAGGAGAAAGCGGCUCAUCUAUCCUGCAGAAAUACGUAAGUGGCUUUCACACCGAGGUCACUUUGAUCCGUUUUCUAAUUGCUUUAUACUUGCUUUUCUUCUGGAAUCGCUUUAAAUGCACCAUGAACAAAUGCUAUGUCUGUUGCGGAUGAGAGGAAGAAGAUCAGCUGAUCUCUAUGGCAGACAUCGGCCCGAAUGGUUGUGCCAUCGCCCAUCUGGCGAUCCACUGUGAGCUAAAAUAAUUUAACGAAAGGACGGGAGAUGACGAUCCACAGCCGAGCUUCGCUGCUCGCCCUGUCGGCACUCAUGCUCUUCCCAUUAAUACACCAAACAGCCUCCUCAUCAUUAUCAGCAGCUGCAUCAGAGGUGAAAGGCAGGAAUAAUAACAGGAGUCAUGACAGCAGGCCAUCAGCUCUGGUUAAAGAGAUAACAGGCCAUGUGAGCAGCACACGCAGUAAUACAUCAGUCAUUUCUGAGAAGCUGGGCAUUGCACCGAGACUGAAACCAGAUGAAGAGGAGUCACCGACCUGUGCCUACAGAGUGAUUGAGGGAGGCAUCUGGGGGCAGCUUUGUUUUCGACGCACGCUAUUGGGAUACAGGUGCAAUAAGGAGGACUGCAGGACGCAGGUGACUUUGGGAAACCUAGUGGCAAACCUCCUCAUCAACGGUAGCGUUCUGUUACAGUGGACCCAUAAGGGAGACAACACGACUAAAGAGAGCCUUUCCGACCAGCCUCGAGAUUCUGGGUCAGAUUUAACUCAUGCAGAAACUUCUCCAUCACAUGUUAUCGGCGAGCGACGCCACCACCGCGAAGGCUUCGAGCUGAGCUGCUGGUGGAACGGCAGCUACACCCAAUUCGAGUGCGCCAGCGUGCAGCUGGCAUCGGGCUGCAGGGACUUCAUGCUGUCCGAGCUGCAUGAGAACAUCCCGUACCGGAUCUGCCUGCGCCCCCUGGCUCGGUCCGGCUCGGACCGGAGAGCAGAGCAGCGGGACUGCGUGGAGUUCACGCUGCCGCCGUCAGGGAUGCAAGACAUUGUGAUCGCCAUGACGGCGGUAGGGGGCGCUAUCUGCGUGAUGCUGGUGAUCAUUUGUCUGCUUGUGGCCUACAUCACAGAAAACAUCAUGAGCCCCACUACACAACACACCUACUCCUACCGCUCUCAUUCACGUCACUGAUGGACUAAAUAAGCUACAUAUCUGCAGUAACACGCCCCACACUCACUGCCACAAAGUUAAUUUUUCAGUAUGGAAAAGGUGCUUCUCAAUAAAUUAGAAAAUAAACGAAAAGUUAAUUUAUUUCAGUAAUAGGGUUUAAAAAGUGAAACUAUUGUUGGUGAUUAUGGCAUACAGCUAAUAAAACCCAAUUUUCUGUUUCUCAGAAUAUGAGAAAAUUACAGACUUCAGACUUGACAGUUGUGCAGAAGACAGUUAUUGACACCUCAGAAAAAAAGAUAAGAUGCAAAAGGUCAUUGCUAAAGAAGCAUGCUGUUCACAAAGUGCUGUAUUCAAGAAUAUUAAUGGAAAGGUUAGUGGAAGGAAAAACUGGGGGAAUAAAAGAUGAACCAUAGACAGUAAUAAGUUUAGACUGGAGAGGAGUGUGAAGCUCAGCCAAUUCAAAAGUUUGGGGGAAAUUUGUAAGGUAUGGUCACCUUGGAGUCAGUGCUUCUUGGCCAGCAUACAAAUAUUCAAAUUUUUUAAUUAAAAUUUGGGUUUUCAUUUGCUGUAAACCAUCACUGUCAAAGUAAACAGACGUAAACACUUAUGAUACAUUACUCUAUGUGUAAUAAAUCUAUAUAGGAGUUUGAAUUACUAAAAUAACUAAAUAUCAAUAAUAAUCUAAUGUAUUAAGAUGCACCUGUAUGUUCAUUCUUUUAUGACCAAAUUGAAGCACAAUCUGUUGUGGCUCUGUAAUUAACUUGCCUUCUAGACCUCUGCCAGGGUGCAAUUAACCAAAAUUACUGAUAAACUGUGUUUAUUACACCAGUUUACUGUUAUGUUGAUGCUCAAGAUUGUCUCCUGCCUGCCAUCAGGCAGCAUUUUUACAGCAAUACAAACAGCCUCAAUAAAUGGCUUGGAGAACAUUAAAAACACGUGUUUUAUGAAAUCUGUGAGAAUGUCAUUGCUGGGGGGAAAAAAAACGUAACGUAUCUAAGUUUGAUUUGUUCUGUCAUCUCUAGUUUUUUGCUUGUACGUCUGCAUACAGUGUUUCAGUGUUUGUACAUUACAGUAUGUGAAGGGCAAUAGAAAAUUGUGUACAAUCUCUGAAAACUGUGCCAAAUGUCUUUUAGAUAGAAUACCUUUUGUGUCUUGCUGAGAGCAAAUAAAGAAGCAUUGGGUCCUUUUUAA